AUGGAUCCACCGUUCCCUCACGGCGGGCAAGCUUCCAGCUACACGAAUCCCCUUCUUGCCGGUCACGGGCAACAAUCAUCCUGCGUGUCAGAGCUUACCGAUAUGGGGUCAUACUAUGCCCUCUCCUCAGGUCCUGAGGAUCAGUCACCACAUCUCUCAGAGGCUGGUUCUCUGCCCACAUCAUCGACCCUGUCACAACAACCGCAGCAACAGCAACAACACCAGCAACGCUCUUAUGCGACUCAUACUCCGACUCCCUUCACCUCCAUACAAUCAGGUCUUCACUACCUGCCUCGAAGCCAUCACCAAGCCUGGCCCUCGCCUCCCCCAGGCCCCGAUGACUUGGAUAACUACUCCUACCACAGUUCGCCGACCUGCGGGAGCGCCCCAACCACUUGUUACAACCCUUCACCAGUCUCACCAAGGACGUGGUCCUCCCCAGACUACCCUCUGCAGCAAACUUCGGAAACACUCCAUCAGAACCAGCAAGAGUCUUUCAAGAACCUUCGGAUCUGUACCCCAACUUCGACAGAAGGCUUUCCCGUUCGGGGUCCUCAGGUGCUGACGCCUUUCACGGCGAGCAUGAGCCAGGGCCUUGAGGGUGAAGUGGACGGUCUUCCAAGAAGCCAGUCGCCCGCAACGAUUCCGACAUCGUCAGCCGGAGUGCUCUCAGGCACCAACUCCCCUCGCGAAGGGUUGUUGGAUGCUCCUACCUACAUGACGACCAAGAAGGAAGAGCCGCCGGCGGGCGAACCAGAGAACCGUGCGAGCCCAGAGAAGCAGCCGGAGACUAGGGAAUCGCAAGGCUCGUCAGCUGUUGGCGCUAAGCCUGAGGAACCCUACGCCCAGCUCAUCUACCGGGCCCUGAUGGGCGCACCGGGGCACGCCAUGACUCUGCAAGAGAUCUAUCAAUGGUUCCGCGACAAUACGGACAAGGAGUCCAAGAACGAAAACACGGGCAAGAAGAGCGGUAAGAAUGCUGAAGGAUGGCAGAACAGCAUCCGCCACAAUCUGAGCAUGAACAAGGCUUUCACGAAAGAUCCGCCCAAGAAGGAGCCCGGCUCCGGCCCUCGCAUGACAGAAUCGACGGCAGGGGGAGACCCCAAGAGAUCGACAGAGUGGAGGCUGGUAGACUGGGCCAUCCGCGAUGGGGUGCAGAGCACAACGAGAUACCGCCCUGGCAACUCGGCACGCCGAGCAAUGGGGUCCAAAGUGCAGCAUCAUCCCUACAACCACCAUGGCCACAGUCACGGAUUCCAACAGCACGGUAACCAAAUUUCCACAAAAGCCAUGUCUGGAAGGAGAGGAGGUUGCGCAACGAGCAAGUCGAAAUUGCGUGGCCGCCAUUACACGCACGAGACGUCCACCAUGCCACCAACAUCGCAUGCUCACCGUAUCAUGCCGCAUCCGCAUCCUCAUGUACAUCCCCAUGCGAAUCCCCAUGCCCAUACCAUGCGCCGCUCCACCUUCCCAGCCAUGUAUCACCAGCCGGCCUAUGUCUACGACGACCUGAUGGUGCCGCGAGUCCAGAGAUCGCAGCAGCAGAUGCCAAUCAAGCAGGACCAGAACUACAGCCCUAUGACACCGACCCCCGAGGGGACUACACCUAACCCGUUCGGCCUGAUGGUCCCGGAGCCGAGCCUGAUGCCCUCGCAGGCUAUCGCUCCCUCCAGCGCCAGCAACAACCAUCAUGGCACCGCUGGCUACUCUCUGUCCGGGGCCGGGGCCGGCCAAGGCAGCAUGUACGUCGGACCUUCGUCAACCGGCGGGUUCCCUCUAGGCAUGGGCGACGUCACAGGUGUCUAUCAACCCACAGGCGGCCACCACCACGAUGUUGGCGGUGGCGGAUUCAACGAACGCCUCUUGGGGAUGGGCCACAACCUAGUUUACAACUGGCACAACAACGGAAUCUGA